AUGACCACCGCGCAAGUGCGAGUGACCCUCAGCGGUGGAAUGGUAACCGCUGGACAACGGCACGAUAACCUCUUUCACACAGUAGCUGUGACAGGCGGUAUAUGCGGAUCAUCAGAUGUGCGAUUCCGCAGUCCAUGUGCCAUUCGCUGGACAAGUCUACCCCAACGAUCUUCAUUCUUCGGGCGGACUUACAACAACCUGGGCAGCAUAUCCGAGUGCAAGAACGGUGGGGUGUGCGUCAUCAACAAGAAGAACCGAACGGCCUGUAAGGCCUGUAGAUUACGCAAGUGCUUGAUGGUGGGUAUGUCGAAAUCGGGUUCGCGGUACGGAAGACGAUCGAAUUGGUUCAAGAUUCACUGUCUCCUCCAAGAGCAGACCAACGGAAAUCAGGGUGGCAAUCCCUCGGGCUUCGGUGGUGGAUUUCUUCCAGGAUUUCUUCCUCCAUCCCAUUCAACUCCAAGUGUCUUCAAAGACAAGGAUCGUGCAUCUCCCAGUCAAGAAGACCUAGCCCUUCAGUCACACCUGCUGCACGUGGCAAUGCUGAAACAGGAGCGCGAACGAGGCAAUAAGUCACCACAUCCGGACGAUGUAGCCUUGCAAAAUCAGCUGAGGUUACUCGCCUGGCAGAAGGAGCGAGAGCGAGCUGGUCACCACCAACAGCAGCAUCAGCCUGGCACCCCACCGAGAGACAGUACACCACCGCCAUUCAGCUACAAGCACCCAACGACCUCUCCUAUGUUUCCCGUGAACUUUGCACCGGAUAAAAUGAUGACUCUACCAUCGAGUCCACCCGAAGUCUUCCGGCCGUUCCUUCCGGUGUACAACGGCCGAACAGCUGACACACCCAGUGACAGUGGAGCAUCAUCAGCCGAUGGCAAUGAUCACGACGAAUCGCGGAGCAAUUCAGCUUUGAGUUUCUUCAAAGUUGCAUCACCAACGCUGUCCGAACGUGAAUUCCCACCGAGAAAAAUCAAUGCCACAGUCACUCUCACCACUGGCUAUCAUCCACAUCAUGGCCUUGGUCUGAUUUAUCCACCACCUGGCCUGGUAACACCAGCAGCAUCUCAGCACUCACCACGAGGUGGUGAUCUACUUCUGGUCAGUCCAAGUCCUGGUGGCUUAGCUGUCGAGCAGGAUGAGCCCAUCGAUCUCAGCAUAAGAUCCACAAGGAGUUCGCCGAGGCCCAGCAGGAGUCCGGUUCAGAACACCGAGAGCCGGCCCGAGAGCAGGGGCAAUCUCACCGAGGAGACAACAGCCAAAAGCAAACCCCUCGAUCUCACGUGUGGUGUCAAAAGGCCUGCUGAAUUAUCACUUUCGCUGUGAAUAUAGAGAUAUUAUUUUCUACAAUAUUUUUCAUCGAAUGGCUGAAGAGUGAGGCUGGACCUGGGUUCAAGCUUGACCAUUGUGUUCAAUUUGUACAUAAUAUUAUUCAAAUCACGGAGACAAUUAAUUUAUUAUUGAGUAGUUAGAUGAAAGAGUUUUAUUUUGUAUGUUUUAUGGUUUUCCCUUGAUCCCCCUUCCUUAUUGAUAAUUUUAAAUCUAUACUUGUUUCACGAGAUAAAUUAUGUACGCCCAAUUCAUAAACUUACUAGAAAGGCCAGAUGUUAAAGUGCCUUAAUAUAUAUUUAUAUAAAUAAAAUUUCAGUGGCGAUGUGAUCGAGCGAGUCGUGACCGUCAGAAAUGAAAAACUCUCAGCUCACAAAAAUAUGACCGUCAGGUGACAGUCACUGACGGUCACCCUGUAUCAUCCUCUUGUCAAUAAUCGAUCAGAUAAUAUUUGAUCACUGACAAAUUGCGCAACGUGACAAUUAUUUUCUUCCGUGCCAGAAAAUUUAUUUGGAACAGAUCGUUUGAUCACAUUCCCGCCGAUCUGUACACACUAGAAAAUGGCGAGUUAGAUUUAAGGAAAUGGCAGCCAGUAACAUUGGGCACUAAAUAAUUCUCAUCCUACGAAUCUCCAUAAAACCCCAUCAACGAAUAUUAUGUUCCUAGGGUAUAAAAAAAAAUUGUCAAUUUGUAAAUAAUGAAAAUUGAUCAUCAUAAAUCGAGAAUUUUUAUAUUGUACAUACUAGUAUGUAAGAGGUGAUGAUGAGGCCAGUAAGCGACAGAAUAAAAAAAAAAAAAAAAAAAAAAUUUUUUUUAUUUCUCAAUGGUA